AUGGAGACUCUUCCUAACUGCGACCGCUGGUCUGAGCUCCCAAUGGACUUGUUGAGAUGUGUGUUUGAACGUUUGAGUUUUGUAGAUUUCCACCGAGCUAAGAUGGUGUGUUCGACCUGGUACUUGUGUUCCAAGCAAACGUUAGGGCCAAGAUACGGAUCUCCACUCCUGAUAAUGUCUCAAGAAGAGGGUAGUUAUCGUCUGUACAACCCAGAGGAAGAUAGGGUUUACGAGGCGAAAAGUAACUAUCGAUUUCUUGGAAGCUCAGGUAAGUGGUUCCUUAUUGUAGAUUCUAGGUCAGAUCUCUAUAUCCUAAACGUGUUUAGCAGUGAGAGGAUCCGUCUUCCACCUCUAGAGACAGUCAAGAGUUCCCUUUAUAAGCUUGAGCGAUUAGGAGGAGAUAAAGGGUUAUUUAUUGAACGUGAGGCGACGUUCUCUAAGGGGCUUUGUCUAGCUACCAAAGAUCUGAGAGCUGUGUUGUGGGUAGACGAGAAGAAGAGAGACUACGUCGUUGUGUGGGGUUUUGAAGCAUGUCCGUAUCUACGAUUUUGGAAGAAAGGGGAUGUUCGUUACCGUGAGAUUUCAACACAUGGCGAUGUUCGGUACCAAAGCCUAAACAAUAUGGUACUCAAAGGUUACAGUCUUUACGUCCAAACGGAAUGGAGCUCCAUUCGACACCUGGUUUUGUCGGGACGAGAUAUUUUUGAGGAUGUGUGGACGAUAUAUUGGCCUCAAAUGCGUACGGAUGUACUUUUUGGAACGGGAGUAUAUAAGGUCAGCUCAUAUAGCAAUAAAAUGGCUGUUACAACAUCAGGAGAGCUUUUGAUGGUCAAAACAAAAGCUUACGAGUCUACCUCUGAAAGGCACAGGAUGUUUCACCUCUACAAGAGGCUAGACAACAAGUUUAUUGAGGUGGAUUCUCUAGGUGAUGAGGCCUUGUUUCUAGAUUUGGGUAUCACUGUGCCUGCUGAUCAUACCCUUGGUAUCGAGCCGAACUCCAUCUAUUUCUCCUGUGAUGAACAUUUCGUUCACAAGAGAGUUUCAUGUAUUGACAUAUGUGUCUACAAUCUUGCAACAAAGACAAUCAAACGCUUCCCUAGUCUCUCUAACUUAAAGCUCAAGGAUGCUCAAUGGUUUCUCCCUUCUUGA